ACGAGAGUGCAUGAAAUCGCUAUCUCUGCAGCCUCCGUUGAACUGUGUUCAAAGUACGUCCGUGUAGGGUACUAGUGCUCUCCGAACAGUCGCUCUUGUUCUCUGUAAUCACCUUUUUUUUGGUGGGGGGGAAAACGACAGAAACGGUUUCAGGGAUGAAGCUGGUGAAAACUCAAAGGACAGAGUUCCUGGAGAAUAUCAGUGUUCUGCAGUGGAUAUGGAGCUUCCUUCUGUUAGGUCCGGUUUGUAUUGGAUUGAUGGUGUACCUUCUGUUGACUUCUCUGUGGCCGCUGCCUGUUCUCUACCUCGUCUGGCAGUUGACGGACUGGCACACACCUGAAAGAGGAGGCAGGAGAAGUUCUUUUGUGAGAAACUGGAAAGUGUGGAAUCACGUUAGGGACUACUUCCCCAUGAAGUUAGUGAAGACGGCGGAGUUGAACCCGAACGAGAACUACAUCUUAGGGUGUCACCCUCAUGGGGUGUUGAGUAUCGGAGCCUUUGCCUCUUUUAGCACCGAGGCCUGUGGAUUUAUGGACCUCUUUCCUGGGGUGCGCUCCUGCCUCUGCAUCCUGGGGGGCCUUUUUAAGAUCCCCCUCUACAGGGAAUAUGCCAUGGCCACAGGUUGUUGUCCAGUCAGCAAGCCCAGUCUCAAACACCUUCUGUCUCAUAGUGGACAAGGCAAUGCGGUGGUGAUUGUGAUAGGGGGCGCUGCUGAGUCGCUGUUGAGCCUGCCUGGGGUCAACACUGUGGUUAUGAAACAGAGGAAAGGCUUCGUCCGGGUGGCCCUGGAGUUUGGGGCUAACCUGGUGCCCGUCUACUCGUAUGGGGAGAACAAUAUUUUCCGCCAGGUGAUCUUCUCAGAGGGGAGUGUGGGCUGGAGGUUACAGCAACUCUUUAAGAAGAUCAUGGGCUUUUCCCCUUGUCUGUUUGUAGGUGAAUGCUGGUUCUGGUUGCCUUACCACUGCCCGGUCACCACUGUAGUGGGUAGUCCUAUCCCAGUGCCAAAGAGGCCUUCUCCCACUCAGGAGGAGGUGGACCACUAUCAUGGCCUCUACAUGGAAUCCCUGGUCAAACUCUUCAAUGAACACAAGGCCAGCUGUGGACUGUCAGACAGCCACGAGCUGCAGAUCGUAUAGACCAGUCGUUUAGACUGCUGCCACGAGGACAAUGUGAAUGACACCGUAGCCUAUUGAUCUCCACACUCUGAGACUACUUGAAUAAACACAUUCCCACUAGAGGAUCUGAUCCAGACAUGUCAACCAUCAUUGAUCCUUGGAUUUACCCAAAGCUGCCUGGCUACUAGCUUUUUUACUGAAAACUAGAAUCUCACGUCAUUUGGUCAGAUGCUGUUUCCGUAGUCUGUCCAGGAGAUAUUACUUUAAGAAUGACUACAAUGGAAUAGUGCAUGUGCUUAAUAUGUAGCAAUAAUUUAACCAUCAUUAAACCAUUAUUUAACAGGUUCAAAUUCAGCUCAUUCUCCAUUUCAUAAAAAAAACAGUGAUUGAUUGUGUGACUUUGGGUUUAUUUAGAAACACUGGGCCGACAUGUUGAGUAGAAUCAAUUUUCUUAAUUAAGAGUGUGAACACAGUCUGCCUACCCAGACCCAAAGAUCAGCUAACUGAAACACACACACACACACACACACACAAACACUCACACACACACACACACUUCAAUAUUAUAAAGAGGUGUUUGAGCUGCCAGUCCAAAAGGAUGGACACUCUCAACACGAUGAAACACACCCGUCCGUUCAUGUUCGAUUUGGACUCUGUCACCGUUUAUCUUUUAAAAGCGAUAACCCAUCAGUGUGUCAAAGUGUUACGAGAGUGGAUGAAAUCGCUAUCUCUGCAGCCGCCGUUGAACUGUGAUCAAAGUACGACAAUGCAGGGUAAAAUUGCACACGCAAUUAUUGAAAUAUAAAACAAAAUCCUUGUCACCUGAUCCAUCAUUACAAUGUGUUUUAAAUCAUUGUUUGGUCUCACCAUCUUUAAUUUACUGUUAAACAGCUGUAGUUUUUGUCUUUGGCUGUUCUAGAUUUCCACUGAGGGUUUUGUUGCACGUCUUGUUCUCCUCCAAUAGUUUCCAGUUAUGUAAAUGUCCUCCGUGUGUAUGACUUAGAUACCUUUUAGCCAACCAGUUUAAACCAGUUCCAUUCAUAGUAACAAUUUGUGGCCUACAGAUUACUCAUUUACACAACACAGUAACCAUUUACACAACACAGUAACACAAUGCUGGAAAAUUCAUAAAACACUCCCAACACCUCAGCAAUGCAAAAUGUAUCGUUUUUAUAUCAAAUUUAUUAGUCUCGUUGAACCAGAUAUAUCAUCUCACGGUUAGCAGUCAUUCUCUAAGUUCUUUAAUCUAUGGCAAGAGUAUGUACUUUAUAUAUAUAUAGUCCUUCACAUCCAGAAAUGUGUUGAUAUGAGGGACAUGUUGCUGUUUAAGAUUAAAGUCUAAUACAGUCAUUCUGAUUAGUGUGAUAUCUAUUAACAUGUUACAUAUAAUGGAUAAAUCCUAAUAAAGAUUAGCCUCAUUCACUGUUUUCAACACAUCUGC